UGUUCUUCGAUCUAGAUGCUUUGAUAUUUCGUUGUUUUUUUUUUCUUUUGGUAAUCGAUUUGGAGCUCCAAAUCUCUGGAAAUUCGUGAAAAGAAUCUCCACUUCGCUUCUUGUUUGGAGAAAUCGGUUGUCAAUGGAGAAAUUCGAGAUCUCUCCUCUUUCCCCCAAAAAAGAUCCAGUUUUUAUGGCUUCCGAUUCGAGAAAUCCAUCGCCGUUGCUGAUCUGAGAUAAAAGUAAGAGGAACAAGCUGCUAAAAUGUCGUUCAAGAGCAUAGUUCGGGAGCUGAAGGAGAUGCGAGAUGGGCUGGGGAGCAUGUCACGGAGGAGCAACAGCACGAUGGACAGCCGAGCAGGGCCAAGCCGAAGCGGAGCUCGGCUUCAUUGGCAGCCCCUUUUGCAGCACCGGCAUCAAGGUCGGUGGGCCAGCCUUCCGCCGGAGCUGCUGCUUGACGUGAUCCAGCGCGUGGAGGCCAGCGAGGUGUCCUGGCCUGCUCGCAGGAACGUCGUUGCUUGCGCUUCAGUUUGCCGUUCCUGGCGCGAGAUCGUCAAGGAGAUAGUUCUCACGCCGGAGCAGUGCGGCCGCAUCACAUUCCCCAUUUCUCUCAAGCAGCCUGGGCCAAGGGAUUCUCCGAUCCAGUGCUUCAUCAGACGGGAGAGGGCCACGUCUACAUAUCGCUUGUAUUUGGGACUCAGCCCCGCACUGCAAGAGGAGAAUGACAAACUCUUGCUCGCCGCUCGCAGAGUUAGGCGUGCAACUUGCACAGAGUUUGUGAUUUCAUUAUCUCCGGAUGAUUUCUCCCGAGCUAGCAGCACUUAUAUUGGAAAACUGAGGUCAAAUUUCCUUGGCACCAAGUUCACUAUUUAUGACAGUCAGCCUCCGCCUGAUACACCUGUUGUGUCAAGCAGUCGGUCAAGCCGGAGGAUCCAUUCAAAGCAGGUAUCCCCAAGGGUGCCUGCAGGUAACUACAAUGUGGCCACCAUAACUUAUGAACUCAAUGUCCUCCGAACCAGAGGGCCAAGGAGAAUGCAAUGCAUCAUGCAUUCCAUUCCAUUCUCUGUAAUUCAGGAAGGAGGAACCGCUCCAACACCUACUGCCUUCAUUAACUCCAUAGAUGAACAUUUCUCUUCUUUGUCAGUGUCGAAAGGCAAGGAUUCAAUUAUAGAAUUUUCCUCUACAAGUCUCACUGAGACACCAACGCCUGUUCGAAUCUCAGGUGAGCCUCUGAUCCUGAAGAACAAGUCACCCAGAUGGCAUGAACAGCUACAAUGUUGGUGUCUUAACUUUAGAGGCCGGGUCACAGUAGCCUCUGUCAAGAAUUUCCAGCUUGUGGCAGCUGUUGAUCCUUCCCAUGAUAUAUCUCCAGUGGAGCAAGAAAAGGUCAUACUUCAAUUUGGAAAAAUCGGGAAAGACAUCUUCACCAUGGACUACCGGUAUCCACUAUCAGCAUUUCAGGCAUUUGCUAUAUGCUUGAGUAGUUUCGAUACCAAGCCAGCAUGUGAAUGAAAAACAAAGGCAUCCUUUUCUUUUCUUAUCAUCUCAUUAUGUUUUUGUUACUUCGAAGAUAAUGUAUAGAUAUGCUCUUGUGAGUGAAAGGAAGUGGAGAAGCAUGGAUGAGCUGCAAAUUGUGUUUUCACAUUAUCUUCAAACAAGAGGUAACAUAGCACUGAGUCUCUAGUUCUUUACUAUGUUGCAUUUUUCUUGUUGUUUGUGUAGAGAUGACUGAUGUCCCAUUGGUCUGUGGAACAAAAAUUUUCUCAUAUUAUCAAGGACAAACUUGUUUUAUUUGUUGGAAAACUCAUUGAAGAUAUAAUGUGCAGAAAGCAACUUUAUUUACCAA